UACUGGCAAAGUGGAUGAAAGUUGGCAAAUUUCCUUUUGUUAUCAAGUUCACUUUUUUCCGAAAUUUCAAGUGAUUUGGUUAGCUUUCACUGUCUUCAAUGAUGUGCUAAGACUAUCUUUUUCAAUCGUGUUAUCGUCUGAUUGUGAAAUCAACAGAAACCUCAUUUAAAAGGAUGGAAGAAAAAUCGUCAGCAGAACAGAACAAUGGGAAAAAGGUCACUGCUAGCCCUUUCGAUAACCUCAGUCGUGAGGAUCUGGUGAAAAAGUGUCGUGGUUUGCUUGGUAUCGCCCAAAAGGCUAAACAGGCAAAAGAUGAAUGUCACGAAGAGAACAAAAAGCUGAGAGAGCAGUUAGAUCAAGCGGAAAUGCAAAAGAUUGCCGAUAAGGAAUGUUUAAAGGCAAUGCAGGAGAUGGUGCAUUCGUUGACCGAACACAAAUUGCAAACUACCAUCCGGGUGGAUGAGUUGGAAAAGAUCGUUGCCAGUUCCAGACGGGAGCUAGAUGGAGCCUCGAUGCUACGAGAUAAACUGGAGAAAAAUUCUGACGAGAACGAAGCACUAAAACGACAGAUACAACGAUUGACCGAUGAAAAUGACGAACUCCUGGGCAAUCUGACAGCGAUGGAGGAACGGCUGAAAACAAUCGCUGCUGACAGUCAGAAAAUCGAACAGGAGAAGUCCAGUCUAGAAAAAGAACUCUCCAAGGUCACCAACAACGAAACCGUUCCCUCGGAAAAAGAGGAAAAACUAGUUCGCAAGUUGAAAUUGUACAAAAAUAAAGUGCAGGAGAUUUCCGCUAAAAUAAUGCUGCUGAAAUCGGAUAGAAAAAUUUUGAUGAAAACUGUGAAGGAGUACUCGGAACAAGUACCGAAGUGGCAGAAAGAAUUGCUAAAUGCAUCCAAUGUGCUAUUUGCCCAAACACAGGCUAUGGAGAAGGAAACUGUCGGUCUGCAGGAACAGUGCACCAGUUAUUGCAAACAGAUUGAAGAGCUUUCCCAGCAAAACGAAGUGAUGGUUGGAGAAAGAAAUGAUUUGAUGCAAAAAAUUGCUACCUUAACGGACCGAUGCUCUCGGGCAGAUCAAAUCAAGGCUGCUGAUAAUGGCAAACAUUUGGAAGAUGUGAAAUCUUUAGAAUUUCAGGUUUCGGAUUUGGCAGAAAGCCUUAAGCUGGAGCAAGCUAAAAAUAGUGAAAUACUGCAAAAUAAUAGGGAAACGGUUGACGAACAAAAGCAACAAAUUGAAAAAUUAUCAAGUGGAAUAAUUGAAUGCAACACGAAACUGGAAAGAAUGGAGUCUGAAAAAACUGAUUUGCUUCGGCAGUUGGCUAGCAAAGAAGCGGAGUUACAAAAAGAACUUCACACUAAUGAACAACUACUAGCCAAAAUAGACCAAUUGACUGGUGACUCUAAUUCGGAUGUGGUAGAGAAACGUUUAAAAGAACUCGAACAGAUCAAAAUCAAUUUGGAGCUUGUGAAUGCAAAACUUUCCCAGGAAAUUCAAGAGCUUCCAAGUAGUAGUGCCUUUGAAGAGAUCCAGGAACGUUGCAAAAGUCAGCUUCAAGAAAUGGAAGCUACGAAAGCUCAAAUCUCCGACUAUGAGCAAAAGUUUUCGCAAGAAUGUCAAGGGCACGAAGAAAGCAAAGCUUGUUUGACAGCUAUUCAAAAAGAAUUCUCUGAUCUUCAACUACGAUAUCAAACACAGAAUGGUGAGCUCGAAGACAGGCAAAAUCUUUUGAUACAACUGGAACAAAAGCUACAGUCAGCAGAGGCAAGUAUUGAUCUACUGAAACAAAACUCGGCCAAUGACCUCGAAGGACGUCUGAUUGACCUCCAAAAUCAAUUGAGUACUAAAACGGAAGCUUUAAAUGCAAAGAGUCUACAACACAAUGAGUUGGAGAAAAAGAUUGCCGAACUAGAAGCGACGACGGCAGAUCUUCAUGGCGAGUUAGAUAAAGUGCAGUUUGCAACCGCAACACUUCAAGAAAAUAUUUCCGAACAUGAAACGAAACUUGAAGAGAGCCUAACCCAAAAGGAAAAGCUGGAAGCAAAAAUCCUAGAAUCCAAUAUGGCCUUUGAAACCCUCCGAAGUAGUUACGAUGUUUUGGCUAACGAAAACAAACAUCUAAAGGUGAGCCACGAACAACUCUGCCACGAAAGUUUGGUUGACCGCGAAGAACUAGGCACCGUUCGAUCAAAGUAUGAACUGGUCAAGAUGGAAAACAGUGAACUAUUGUCGGAACUCAAAGAAAUCAAUGAAAUUCUGAAAGAACGUGGCGGAGUUAUCUCGUUACAGUUGUCGAAAAUUUCCGAACUGGAGUCCCAAAAAACUGCUCUGCAGCAAAAACUGAACGAGCUGAACAGCCCGGAAGUUGAGCAGCUCCGGGUGCGUCUUCAGGAACUGGAAAGCGCUGUAGCCGAAAAGGAAGCGGAAAUAAACACCUACCGCGACCGAGAUCGAAAUUUUGACACUCAAAGUGACGUCAUGUCCACCUCGACAAUUUCGCGAGCAGAGGAAUGUGCUCGACUGCGCGAGAUUGACGAUAGCUUCGAGGAAAAGUACAACAAACUGCGUUCGUUGGCCGUAAAGUUGAAGAAAAAAGUCGCUGAACAGACGGUACUGCUGCAAAAGUACGAGAAGGAGAAGGAACCGGUUUCGUUGGGGAAGAAUUUGCAGUCGCUUCAAGCGGAGUACGAUAAACUGUUGGACGAACUGGAAGCGGAACGGAAGAAUAAAGACCAGUCAGAGUUGGAACUGGCAGUACUUAGAGAACAGCUGGAAAAGCAACGACAGGAGAUUGAAACACUGAACCAGGUCCGCACGGAAGUCGAUAACAGCAAGAAGGACAAAUCCUCCCUGGAGUCGACGAUUCGGGAGUAUCGAGAACAGCUGCAAAGUUUGAAACGCGAGAAGGAAGCUUUCAACUUAGCGAAAAAAGACAUCGACGUCGAAAAUCAAAAACUGAAAACCGCAUUGAAAGCAAAAGAAAAGCAACUGAGUGACGAAUUGGAAGCACAGAAAGACCUGAAAGCGGAGGUUGAACGAUCCCGGUUGGCGGUCAAAAAGGCGAAUGUACUGAGUCUGGAAAUGGAAGCCUACGAGAAAUCUUCGUCCGAGCUGAACAAAAAGUUGGAAUCGAAAAAAGUGCAGGUCAGUGAGCUGGAAGGAACCAUCGAAACCCAAGAGGGAACGAUCAAAAGCCUGAAAAGUCAGAUCGGAUUGUUGGAGCAAAGUUUAACCUCCGAACGAUCGCACGCGCAAGAAUUGAAAAAGAACGUUGAUUUGCAGCAGGAAAAACUGCGAAUGAGUGAACAUCAACGUGGCGAAACAAACGUCGAGUUGGCUCAACUAAAGCUUGAAUACGAGCAAAUCAAACUGGAGCUUGAAUCCAAUCGAUCCGAACUGGCGGACGCAGUGAACGAAAAAGAAAAAGCUAACAGUAUGUUGGAAAUCGAAAAAAGUAAACUGCUGAAGCAAGUGUACAGCGUAGAAAGUGAAUCGGCAGAACUGAAAUGUCGUCUCAAGGAGAAGGAACAGGAAGUUGAAGAUGUGAAAACCGAAUUCACCAGUUACAAAAUUCGCGCACAAAGUGUUCUGAAGCAAAACCAAAAUAAAGACAGCGGUAAAGAGCGGGAACUAGAAGAGGAAGUGCAAAAUCUUCAGAAAACAUUAGAACUCGAACAGAACAAACUGAAACAGAUCACACAACAACUGACGGAUCUGAGCAGAAGCAACGAAGAGCUGAAGGAAGAUAAAACUCGACUUCAGAGUCGGUGCAAAGAGCUUCGCGAACUGCUGGAAGAAUCUCGUCUACAGAACGAGUCCCUGCUGGAUGAGAAUCGUAAUAACAAUCUUGCCCAUCAGGAAGCGUUGCGAACGCAACGGAUACAAACGGAAACCUUGGUCAAUUGCUACAAGAAACAGGUUGAGGAUGCGCAGGAAAAGUACUCCAAAGACAUGGAAAAUCUUCGCUUGCAGCUCGGUAAAUCUGCUCGGGAAACCACCGAAACCCCGAGCGGCGAUUCUCGGAACAAUAAUUCCAUCGUCCAACGAGGCCAGCACAUUUCGGACGAACAGAAAAUUAGUCUACUCUUGAUGGAACGCGAAGAAGGUGAAGGUUCGGAAAGCACCAGCAGCAGCACAGCGCUCCAACGGAAUCGCAAAGUUUCCAACUCUAGUCAAAAUAAUAAUCGCCUCCGUUCGAACCGGGACCUGAUACCGCUAGAUGAACUGCUGAAUUCCUCUUUCGACGAUGCUUCCGUGUUUGAUACUGCGGAGGAUUCCGGAGCGCGGUCGAUUUCGCCGACCGCAGAGCUACAGCAAACUAAAGAGAAACUAUCCAAGCAGGAAAGUCGUGUGCGACAUCUGACGGCACUGCUGGCGGAAGCCGAACAGGAUCUGGCCAAGCUUACGCAGCUCAACGAGCUGCUGAAGGAGGAGGUUCGUCGCCAGGAGAGAUCCAUCGAACGCGAAAAACAUGUACAUAAUUCCGAAUAUCUGAAGAAUGUGAUAUUCAAGUUUUUAACCCUAAACAGCGGUGAUGAAAAGUCUCAUCUAGUUCCUGUGUUGAACACAAUACUUAAACUGAGCCCAGAGGAAACCCAAAAGCUGAACAAUGUUGCGAAAGGUGCCGAAAGUGGAGGACGUGGUUGGACGGGCAUUCUGUGGAAUUAGAGGUUUAUUCGUAAUAGUUCACCAGUACUGUUUUGGAUUCCACUUAUUCUAGAAAUAAGUAUUAUAUUUUAUCUUUCGUGCUAUUCGAUAUGUAAGUACAAUAAAUUUUAUUGAAUUUAGUACCUUUAUAGGGGUUGUACUGAGCGUAGUGUGAUUGAGGUUAGUGCAUUUUGUUUACUGAUAGCGAGCAACGAGUAGAUUAACCUGUUGAUAAAUAAAUUGGCGUGUCAUCAUAAA